AUGGCUGCUGUUGACCCACAGGACGGGCAGUCAACUGGGUGUAAGAUGCACACUAUUCUAGUGCUCGUGUUUGUCGUGCUCGCUCACGUGACAGGCACGUGGGGAUGUCUCGGCAAACAGCGUAAGACACAGAUGAGACGAUGCAUCAGGCGGAAACGGAACGACCGUGUACGAGUCAAGGAGACCCUAAUUCGCGCCAUGCUGGCGGGCGCCGAUCUCAGAAUAUUCGUUCCCUCUUGGGGCCCAGUUGGUUACCUGACAAGCGUCCAAAAUACCCAGACGAUCCGGAAUAACGUUUGCGCCAGGCGCUAUUCCACCCUCCCUUUCAACAAAUACCCCGACCCUAUCUACUCGCACACCCAGGACGGCACAGUGAUCACCGGAAGUGUCCGGGACAUAGUGUACGCUGUGGAGGCAGGGGCGGACAUCCGCAUCGUCGACCGGCAGCUUGGGUACGGCGUCCGCAUGGACAACGUGGAGGUGUCGUAUGACCGCGCCAUCGUGGCGGGACAGUCGCUGUGGCACGUGAGCGAGCGCAUGAACGGGCCCAAUUUGGAGUAUCAAGGUGACGACUAUUAUUGGAUGUCCGUCUGGUCCACUGACGGCACCGUGGAUGUCUCACGCUGGAACGUCAGCGAGCACGUAAAGCGUGGAAACAGCAGUAUGCAACAGUCCAUGAACUGGUAUGCGGACAGUUGCUGGCAGAUGGCGUACAAGCACGACGCGGAAGGGAAUCUGGAGGAUGGUUCCCUCGAACUCCUUCGCCUCGCUGUCGAGACGGGUCACCGUCUCAAGGUACUCAUUGAUGGCGCCAUCACGGUGGAGCCGGAUCAGAUCAACGUGCGCGGGGGGCACAUUAACGCGCAGAUUCUCGGCCUCGUUUCGAAGCAAGACCUGAAGACGUUUACAGACGACGUGUUUUGGGAUUGGCGCGUUCUGACGACCACCGGCACAGAGACUUCAGAGUAUUUCAACAUCGGUGAGUACUUUAACCGCGGGAACACCGUGAAACGCAAGCCCAUGACGUGGUUCAUCGACACGCGCACGUGGAACCGCGUUCUCGUCAACGACAAAGACGGCGUUGUCCUUGCCGGCACCAAGCAACAGCUCAUCGACGCGAUCCUGCUGGGAGCGGAAGUGCGCUACAAGUUGACGUUUACGUCGAACGCAAUCAUGCAUCAGGCGGACAAUUUGGAGAUAAGCGCCGACGGGAACGUCGGGGCAAUGCACGUGCGCUCCGUGAGCUUGAAAUUCACGCCGGGGUCGCCGCACGAGGUUACGUUCCAGAACAGCCCGUACUGGUGGUUCACAAUCGUCUCCACAACCGGAAAGGUGGACAUCUCUCGCUGGACCGUCGGCGAGCACGUCAACCGUCGGCACACUCAUCUCUUCGUGCAGGUCGAGUGGUUCGUCAGUUUUUAAGUUUAACGGUGAACCAGUUAAUAGCACAUGCAAGCAGUGGUCAUAAAAGAGAAAAAAAGAACUGAAAGCGAAAUACUGUUAAGAUAAGAAAGAAUUAUGUCCCGUUUUUGAAGACAUACAAGUGUUUGUCAUACCAUACCAUGUUCUUGUUCACAUAGAUUGAUUUGAAUGAACUUUCUCAUGUGUGUCACUCCUUGAUAACAGAUAAGAGGUGAUU